GUGCGAAUGCCGCGCACGUUAUACCAUUUCACAACAACAGACCCACACGCACAGCGUGGAUAUAACGUUCCACACGUCGUUGUUCCGUAUUUAAUUCGAUUGAACGAGAAGUUUAGGCAGAUCCUUUGGCAAGGUUCAAAGCAAUUGCCGAAUGCGACUGACGAAAGGCAUCGGGUAUUAAUCACUGGAGCACUAGGGCAGCUUGGUCGUGGACUAAACACAGUGUACAAAUAUAUGUACGGAGAUGGCUGCGUUGUGAUGACCGACAUUAUUAAAGCUCCACGUAAUGCAACAGACAUAUCCAACUACUCCUAUUUGGACAUAUUGAGCCAGGACAGCAUCGAACGGCUUGUAGUCGACAAGCACAUCGACACUGUGGUGCACUUCUCGGCGCUGUUGAGCGCUGUUGGAGAACAGAAUGUCAACACGUACUCUGAAUGA